AUGAGCUCAGGUUUUCUUUCGCCCCGGCCCUUCCAAUCGACUAGCUGUUUCCAUACGGCUGGCUGCUUACAACUUGUCCAAGCGGCUGAUCAGCUGGUCGGCAUUUGUCCCAGCCGAGUCCGUUUGGUUCUCAAGCCUGAUGGUCAAAGCUUUCGGUUUAUCGCCAAUCUUAGUUGCUCUACGCCACCAAGAUCUUAUCCAACCCUCUCUCUUCGUGUUGCUAGCUUUUCGUCCUGUUCUUCAGUCCCAGAUUUGACAAACUCUCCAGCCGUGUCCGGAGCUGCUCCUUCUGUUCAACUGCAGGGUCAGCCCAUUUCCCCGUCUCUACGAUGGAUAAGCUUAAAUAGUUUCCUGCGGACCCCUAAUGGGCUAUUUGAGUUUCUUCAGCGGCUCCGGGCUGAGGUUGGUUAUUCAGACUAUUCGUUGGAUUAUAUAUCUCAUUCUUCAUCUGGCAUCCAAGCAAGGUAA